UCUUGUCUAGAAGGAUUAACCGCUUUGCUCCGAUGCCUUCGCGGAGGCCGGGGAGCGUUUCCGCGACUGGGCUGCAACCGUGAAAGCGCUCCCCGGCCUCUGGGAGGCAUCGGAACGAAGGCCCAGCCUCCCCGAAGGUAUCGGACGCUCAGUAGGCCUCGGGCACCUCGGUUUACUAACUUCCGGAUAGUUCGUAGACCGAAAAUUCGUAAACUGAGGUGUUCGUAAACCGAGGUUCCACUGUAAAGUGAUUUGUUUGCAUGAAUCUGCUUUUUGACCAGCUUUUAAGCCAGUUUGUUUUCACAGCUUUAUAAUCAAUUUUUGUUCAACAGCACAUCAAGGUGAGCUCCCUGUGGCAAAGAAGUCAUGAGGCUAAAAUAUAUCUUAAUUUGUUAGUAGUUCCCCGCUCUCCCCGCUCUGGCUCGAAUUUGGCCACCAGCCACCUGAAUUAUCAGCUUAGUGUGCAUUCACAUAUUAGAAUAUAAUGAGUCCGGCACUGGAGGUUCACAGGCCAUGUUUCAUUAUGUGUCAGUGUAGCAAACACCAGGAAAUGUGAGCAGCUGCCUGGAUGAGUGGUAGUCAGGUGGCAGCCUUUUUGCUUGCUGCUGGUUGGGUCCAGAAAUAAACAGUAAAUUGCAAGAACUCGGACAAGGAGGAAGAUGAAUUUCAAGUUUCAAAAUCUCUCCGUGGAUUUUCCUGCAUGGAAGGCAGUGGUGACCCAUUGGAUGACCUCCAAGGUCAGAAUGCUGCAGAGGAAGGAAGGAGACCCUCGUUGCCAAGAGGUGGUUUGGUUUGCAGUGCUUUGCAGAGUGCUCACACUUUUCCUCCAGGCCCUUUUCAACCUCCUGAUCCCCGACCAUGCUGCUGAUGCCUUCUCUCCACCCCGUUUGUCUGAGUACGGGUUUUGCGACUGGAUCUUGGAAUGGCUCCUGGGAGGCCUGUCACGGUGGGAUGCGGAGCACUUCUUGUUUAUAGCUGAGCACGGCUACGUGUAUGAGCACAAUUGUGCCUUCUUCCCCUUGUUUCCCUUGAGCCUGCGAGCGGCAGCGGAAACGGUGCUGUGGCCCUUCAAAGGCUUCUUAUCUCUCCGGACCCGCCUGCUCCUUUCUGGAGCUCUGCUCAAUGGCCUGUUCUCUGCCUGGGCAGCAUGGACUCUGUAUAAGCUCAGCUGCGCAGUCCUGCAGUGCCGCAGGAAGGCGUUCCUGUCAGCCAUCCUCUUCUGCCUCACCCCUGCAAACGUCUUUAUGGCAGCUGCUUAUUCAGAAAGCAUGUUUGUCCUCCUAGUGUUUGGCGCUAUGUGGCGGCUAGAGAAAGGGCAGCAUUGGGCCAGCACCCUUCUCUUUUCGCUAGCUGCUGGCGUGCGUUCCAACGGACUGAUCAAUGCUGGGUUCCUCCUCUAUUCCCAGACAAAACUCUUUACCUCCCAGCUGCAGGCGAGGACAGGAACUGGAGUAAAGCCGCCACAGAUCUUGGGUCAAUUCCUAAACCUGGUAGCUUCCCUGGUGGUGAUGUCUGCCUCUGUUUUCCUGCCAUUUGCUUUGUUUCAGUUCUGGGCAUACCUUCGGUUCUGCAACACCACGUUUAGCCCUGAGUAUGCUGUGCCGGACCCACUGUUGCAACUGGCUGUACAUAAGGGGUAUCGUGUAGCAGCCUCAAAUGGUGUGGCACCACCAUGGUGCUCCUGGAACUUUCCUGUGCUCUACACUUACAUUCAAGAUACUUACUGGAAUGUCGGCUUCCUCAGGUACUUUGAGCCCAGACAGAUCCCCAACUUCCUGCUAGCUGCACCCGCCAUUGUGCUGGGCUCCUGGGCAGCCUGGUGGUACAUCGCUGCAAACCCCUGGCACUGCCUAACACUUGGCCUGCUGAGAAGAAAGACUGAAGGAAUGAAGGGAAAGGACUUGAGCAAGCCAGCUACUGGUUUUUACUCUCCUGGUGCAUUUGUUUACAUGGUCCACGCAACAGUUCUGUUGGUGUUUGGGACCUUCUGCAUGCAUGUGCAGGUCCUUACCAGAUUUUUGGGCUCCUCUUCUCCAGUACUUUAUUGGUUCUGUGCUCAUCUCCUUCAUGACUAUGAGCCUUUGCUACAAAAUGGGAGCCAAUCUUCACAGCAUGGAACACCCCUCUCAGAUAAGCCCUCUCUUCCUAACUGGAACAGAAAUGAAAACCCUGUGCUCGCACUUCUGUACAACUGGAGGCAGACUACCACACUCACCAAGUGCAUUCUGGGAUAUGUCCUUUCCUAUUGGAUGUUGGGGCUGGUCCUUCACUGCAAUUUUUUCCCAUGGACAUAAGUUUGUAGAACUGAGGAAGCCGACUAGAUCAUUUACUGAGCAUCUUUCACCUUGUCAGUGUUGAGGCUAAUUAGCAUCUACAUGAAACUGCUAGGAGAGAGUUGGAGCUCAGUGUCAUCUGUGUGCUGAUGACAACAAAAUGUGCUAAUUCCUCUCUUCUCCAGCCAAGCCAGAGAGAGUAUUGAAGUGUUUUGUUUUUUCCUCCCAAUAGACACUCAGCACUGUACAGUCAUACCUCUGGAUACGGUGCGAAUGCUGCGGGUUGUGUACAACACGGGUUACGAAUGCGCCGAACCCAGAAGUAACGGAACAGAUCACUUCCGGGUUUGGCGGUUUGCGCAUGUGCAGAAGCAGCGAAUGACAUCAUGCGCAGAAGUGCAGGCGCGGGUUCCGUACUGCUCAGGUUGCAAACGGGGCUCCGGAACGGAUCCCAUUCGCAACCAGAGGUACCACUGUAGUUAUUGAGCAUACUUAGUCUGCAGUUGGCUUUUGUCAUUCCUCCCCACCUUGUGUAUGGAAUUGUCAUUCUGUAAAUCUUUGGGUUCUUCCACACCUGCUGAUAUCUCCGUCUUGUGCUUGCAUGGUGCUAUUUUGGUUAUAUUAAGAAAUGACAAUCUGGAUUGGUUUUCUGUUGGUAUGUAGGGUGGGGCAAACAAAGUUAUUUUUAAUCCAGAUAGAGGUGUUCUUGGUUAGAAGAGCUACCACUCUGGGAAUAAGAGUUCUUUCUGUCUUGGAGGGCGGUUCACUUCCCUUAAAAACUCAGGUUCACAGCUUGGGAGUUCUCGUAGAUUCACUCUUAGGUAUUCAGGCAGGGGCUGUGGGUAGGACACCUUAGGCUGCUGUGCCUGCUGAGGUUCCCAGAGAGUAAUCACAGUAGCACAUGCCUUGGUUGCAUCAAGAUUUAGAUUGCUGCAGUAUGUUCUACAUGGGGCUACCUUUGAAGUGUUUAUAAACUUCAGUCAGUCUGAAACACAAUAGUUAAAAGCCAGUUAUUGAGAGCACAUCUCAUUUUGAGCCCAAUCUCUCAUUUGAGCCCAACUACUUACAGUAUUAAGAUCAGCUGGAGAGAUCACCAAGAACUGGAAAUCCCUGCUGUUAACCUUUUUUGUUGGUACCACAAGGUUUGGAAUCUGGCACUGAUGGAGAAGCUACCGUAACUCACAGAUUUAAGGUGCUACAAAAUGGAACUGAGUUGGACAAAUUUCAGGAUACAUGGUAGAUUACACAGACCACCAACGACAAAAAUGUUUGUAAACCUCCAGCCACACAUGGCCAACUACAGCUAAGUACUUUGGGCUCAGAGAUACAAUAGAAACAAAAAUCAACUAAUGAACUCUCUAUACUAUGGUACUUUGAACCUGAUGAUUUUAUGCAACAUUAUAUGGUGAACUGUCCAUUGUUACAGGUACAUAUGUUUGUAAUUUUGUAUCAAAAUCAAUAAAAUACUUUUUACAAAAUCUACUGAAGAGUGUCUCCUUUGCAUCCUGUCUGUAUCUUAGGUGUGUUUGGUGUGGAUGCAGAGGAAAGCCAUAUAAAAAACACUGGAUACUUACCUGGCAGGGGAGACACCUUGAUCAUGAAGGAGGCUUUCCUAGGCUAUGGCUCAUCCAUUGCACUGUGGGUGUGCUGACGCCUAUGAUUUCUCCAAAUGUGGGAAACUUCAUAAUUUGUGGUAG